UGCUACCGCAGCCUACUUUAAUACGGUCUAUCAGUUAGCUUUUCCAGCCGAGCUUAAUUCUAUCUUUACUAUUAAUAUUGGCACACCUACAUCAACAGCGGAAGCAUCUACUCAACGUUCAACUGCGAGUAUAUAUCUACGGCUCACCCCCCCCUCACCUUCCCCCUCACUAGCCUCAACAUCAAUAUGCGUCCUGCAAAUUUCCUCCUCCCGGUUCUUCCACUUGCGCCACUUACCUCCGCGUGGGGUAUGCUCGGUCAUAGAACAGUCGCUCUACUAUCGACCCGCUAUCUACUCCCCGAAACUGCUGGAUGGGUUCGUGAACUCCUCGGUAAGGAGAGUAUUGUUGCUGCAUCGACCUGGGCGGAUGGAUACUCCCAUACUAGGGACGGCCGGUACUCUGCACCAUGGCACUGGAUCGACGCGAAGGAUAACCCACCGCACACCUGCGGAGUCAAUUACUCAAGAGAUUGCAAGAGGGACCAAGGUUGUAUUGUCUCCGCUCUCGUUAAUAUGACCGGUAGAGUCAUAGAUAGAGAGCUACCCCACGACGAGCGUUCCAUGGCGCUGAAAUUUAUUGUCCACUUUAUCGGUGACAUCCACCAGCCCCUCCACACCGAAGACCUCCUUCGCGGCGGCAACGGAAUCCGUGUGACUUUCGAUGGCAGGGAACGCAAUCUUCACAGCGUGUGGGACUCCGCCAUCCCUGAGAAGUACGUGGGGGGAAACGCGAUCUGGCACGCUGCGACAUGGUCGAAUUACCUACACACGGAGAUCGAGACCGGCAAGUUCAAGGACCCUUCUAUCAAACAGAGCUGGAGCGGGUGUAUCGAUCCGGCAACACCCCAAAAGUGUGCCCUUAUGUGGGCCAACGAGAGCAACAAAUGGGUGUGUGAUUACAUCUUGCCCCCAAAUUACCCUGAAGGGUUUGAGGGGAGUGAGCUUGGCGGGGAGUAUUAUGAUGGUGCGGUGGCGAUUGUGGACGAGCUAGUCGCACAAGCGGGGUGGAGACUUGCGGGAUAUCUAAACAUGAUUGUCGUGGGAGAGACCGGGCUCUCGGCUGGGGCCCAGUCGGGUGGUUUUUGGGAUCAGAGUGACCUAGAUCGCGGGUGGGAAAGACCUGGACGGGGGGGUAGGGAGACUAGAGCUCCCCCCCGGGGGCCAAAGAAGUUCAUGGGGCAAAUUGGAGAAUGGUGGGGCAAUUUGAGGGCUGGGGAGCUUUGA